AUGCCAGCGAGUGGACGACCUUCCAAAAAUUGCGGCAACUGCCGAUCUAUCAAGCGAAGGUGCAUUCGUGCGCGCGAAGAAUGUCAAGGGUAUAGAGAUGAAUGGGAGCUGGUCUUCCGCGAUCAAACCAUCCACACAAUUAAGCGCUCCAAAGAAGCUUGGGCAAAGGCAGACGGCUUGGAAACAUUGAAAAGAUCGCCCCCAUCCCGCACUCUGAGUCUCAGCUCGGACGAGGUGGGCGUCAACUAUUUUCUAUUUCAUUUCGUCGUUGGUGGUCUUUCUCCCUCUCGAGGGUAUCUGGACUAUGUGCCGGCAGUGUUUAGCGCUGAUAGUGAGAAUCCGACCUUGAUUGCCAGCAUGGCAGCUGUGGGUCUUGCAGCCCUGGCAAACUCCACUCAACAGCCUGAAUUGUCCCAGAGGGCCCGCACAAAAUACUGGGAAGCGAUAGACAAAGUGAACGCAGCGCUCAGUUCCCCUGUCGAAUCUAUCAAGGAUAGUACCUUAAUGUCAGUCAUCUCUCUUGGCUUGUUUGAGCAUGUGAGCAAUUUUGAAACAUGGUUCCAAUAUGUAAAAGGAACCGUGGCGCUGGUGGUUUCACGUGGCAAGAGCCAAUUCUCAAGUCCAGCCUCUAUUCCCAUGUUCAAUCAAGUGCGUGCAGAUAUGUGCGCUGCCUGUGUUCAUCGCCUUGAGCCAUUUCCACGAGAUAUGCUUGAGUUGCAAGAAGAGGCAAGCAAGCAGGCCGACAACUCCAGUUGCCUUUGGCUACUAGGAGUGCUGGCCACCCGGACUGUCAAUCUUUUGUCGGAUGUUACGGUGGUCAAAAUCAAAGAUGGUACAACUUUAGCAUACUUCCUGGAAGAAUCUGCUAUCCUCCAACGUGACUUUCAGGACGUUCUUGGUAAUUUUAGGACGCAGGAACCGUAUGCAACGAUUGAAGAUCACAGUGGAGACCCAGACCUCAUUUACAAUUCUCGAUAUGACCUCUACAGAUCCGCGUGGGCUAUAAGACUUUGGAACAAUUCUCGUAUCCUCCAAGUCAUUGUCUGCGAGAUUGAAUUCCACCUUUUGUCGAAAGCCCUCACUGCGGGUCUCCCACCGGCCCGCCAAAAGGAAAUAGCGACAACCCUUGAAGAGACAUGUCAAAUCCUCAAAACUCUGGGUGACGAUAUUUUGGCCACAGUUCCGCAGUCCUUGGGAGCUGUGUUGUCCCCAGCUGAGCCUCCUACUUCUGCCGAUUUGUCUUCCGAUCCAUCUGCCAACGCAAGUGCUUCGGGUGGGCAUCUGCUAAUGUGGUGUUUAUACACGGUUGGAAAAUCCCCAGUCACAAGAGGCCGCACCCGAAAAUGGGUCAUGAAGCGUCUUAGGGACAUUGCUCAAAAAUCAAGUCUCCCAAUAGCCCUGCAGUUUGUCAAUGAUAUUGAUGAGAUAGACAAGGCGGCGAGCAUUUUGGAGUCUGCCGAUAAUUGA